GGGGGUCUCAUUGAAACCUUUCAAAUGUUGAAAGGCCGAGACUGAGUAAAUGUGGAAAGGGUGUUCCUAGGACAAGAGGGCAGAGCCUCAGGAUAGAGGGGCAUUCAUUUAAAACAGAGAUGCAGAGAAAUUUCUGUAGUUAAAGGGUGGUGAAUUUGUGGAAUUUAUUACCACAGGAGCCAGGUCAUUGAAUGUUUUUAAAGGCAGAGCUUGAUAGGUUCUUGUUUGAACACAGUAUCAAAGGUUACGGGCAGAAGGCCGGGGAGUGGAGCUGAGGAGGGAAAAAAGAAUGGUGGAGCAGAUUCAAUGGGCCACAUAGCCUAAUCCUUCUCCAAUGUCUUAUGGUCUUAUGACCUUAUAGUUAUACUUCUGGAUUCUGUGGAGCAAGUUGGACAGGUACAGAGCAAUCCAAAUAGUGAGAUAAAUAAAAGUGUAAUUACAGAAUUCCAACUGGUAUGAGGUUACUUAACAACAAUUUUGAAGGUUAAUAUUACAGUAAAACUGCUAAUCCACCAUGUUUUGCCUUUUGGUCACACUGGACUAAUAUAUUCUCAGGACUAUUGGACAUUACUCGGUAGUCCUCCAUCACACUUUAUGUAGAUGCUGCGCUGUUACAAUAAAUUUUCUAGUUUAAAAUGUGGGCUUGAUUUUGAAAGAGUGCAAAAAUCAGGACUCCAGUGAGUUUCAAGGGAGUGGGGGAGCCAGGUGCCAAACCAUGAAUUAUCACUGUGGAGUCUCAGACGAGGAAAAAAUAAUGUGAGUAAAAGAAAUCAAAUUGAAGUGAUGAAAAAAUGCUCUGUGGAUGGUCUAGCUGCACAUCUGGGUGGUAUUAUACUUCAUUUGAAGAUGGCCUCAACUGACAAAAUAAACACUUCUUUUCUAUUUACUUCCAUUCUUCCGCCUGAUGAGCAUAAAAAGAGAAACCAAACAUCUUUGAUUGCAGAAUAACUGACAAUAGGUGAGUUACGGUUGAUAAAGCUGCACACUUCAGCUUACCAACCCACAUACCAUUUCCUAGAUACUUGUUUAAACAUGAGCUGAGUUUCUGUUUAUGAUAGCAGGUUAAAAAAAAGAUAACUGAAUGAAGAUGGCAUGAAAGGUAAGAGGCACCACUGCACCAAAAUAACAAAACAAAAUAAUAAUAAAAUAUAUAUGUUGUGGCUCCUAAAUGUAUCAGUAUGUGCAUAAUGACAGUACAGGAAACCAUGUUUCUAUAAAAACUAUGUUCUUAACAGAGCUCACAGUGUUUAUCAUAUUUAUCUUGUGUAUAGUGAAUACCUGGUGUUUCUGGAAUUGAAUUUACCCUCCAGAAGCCCCAAGCACUGAAACAAAUUUAGUAAAUUCUGCCUAGUAAGUCUAGUCAUUCUCUGGUGUUUCUUUAUAUUUACUGUGAAUAGCCACAAGAAAAAUGCAUUUUAGGAUAGUGUAUGAUGGCAUAUAUGUACUUUGAUAAUGAAUUUCCUAUAUCCCUUCAGACUUGUAUUUUCUGCCUGAUGGGAGGGGGAGAUGGUGAGGAGAAUGUUCGGGUUAGGUGGAGUCUUUGUCUUAACUUCUCACUGCCUCAGUAAAGCAGCCAACAUAAUCAGAGUCCACAGAGGGGAGGCUAUUCACUGGACUUCAAAUCUUUGGAAUACACUACCUCAGAGGGACAUGAAUACACGGUUGCUGUACAAGGCUGAAAUUAAUAGAUUUUUGGACAUUAAUGAGAGAAUAUGGAAUUAGGUGGUAAAUUGGAUGGCCAGAGGAUUAACCACGAUCCUUACUGAAUAGUAGAGCAGGCUUCAAAUUUGACCUAAUCCAAUUUCUGUUCAUUUCCUUCCUACACAAGAUUUGAGUUACAGUAAAUGUAAGUCAAAGUUAAUAAAAGUAUGUGAUUAAAAUGUACUUAUUGUUUCCAACUUCAUGUUUCCUGCAGAUUAACUUGACUAUAGGAUAUAGUGGCAGAAAAAUGCACUAUUCAAAGCCAGACUGGACGUCUUGAAUGAUCACGUGGCGUCAGACGGUGAAACCAAAGAUACCCUUGCUUGCUGCUGUGUUCCCAAACGUUCUGACAUAAUGAAAAUCUCGCCAGUUGUUCUCUUCUUGGUUGUGCUGAGUACUGAGCUGAUGGGAGUCAUUAGCUCAAGCUUAAAGCCACAGCGGUUUAAAGGACGUGUGCAGCGUGACCGAAGGAAUAUCCGACCUAACAUCAUUCUUAUUAUCACAGAUGAUCAGGAUGUGGAGCUUGGUUCACUGCAGGUGAUGAAUAAAACCAGAAGGCUCAUGGAACAAGGGGGAGCUCAUUUCACCAAUGCUUUUGUGACAACUCCAAUGUGCUGUCCUUCCCGCUCUUCAAUGCUGACAGGAAAAUACGUCCACAACCACAACACUUACACAAACAAUGAGAAUUGCUCCUCACCUUCCUGGCAGGCGAUGCACGAGCCUCGGACAUUUGCAGUGUACCUGAACAACACAGGCUACAGAACAGCUUUCUUUGGGAAAUACCUCAAUGAAUACAAUGGCAGCUACAUCCCACCAGGAUGGCGAGAGUGGGUUGGCCUUAUAAAGAAUUCUCGUUUCUAUAAUUACACCCUUAGUCGCAAUGGCUUUAAGGAGAAACAUGGAUUUGAUUAUUCCAAGGAUUACUUCACAGAUGUGAUCACCAACGAUAGUAUCAAUUACUUCCGCAUAUCCAAGAAGAUAUAUCCGCACAGGCCUGUGCUCAUGGUCAUCAGCCAUGCUGCACCCCAUGGCCCAGAAGACUCAGCCCCACAGUUUUCAGAGCUCUUCCCCAAUGCUUCGCAGCAUAUUACACCAAGCUAUAACUAUGCUCCGAAUAUGGACAAGCAUUGGAUAAUGCAAUUCACAGGGGCAAUGAGGCCCAUCCAUAUGGAGUUCACCAACAUUCUUCAGAGAAAGCGGCUGCAGACACUUAUGUCAGUGGAUGACUCUGUAAACAGGAUAUUUCAGAUGCUUGCAGAGACUGGGGAACUGGAGAACACCUACGUCAUCUACACUGCAGAUCAUGGCUACCACAUUGGCCAAUUUGGACUGGUAAAAGGAAAAUCAAUGCCAUAUGACUUUGAUAUCCGGGUUCCCUUCUUUGUUCGUGGACCAAAUGUGGAGCCAGGGUCAAUCAUUCCUCAACUGGUUCUGAAUAUUGACCUCGCUCCGACCAUCCUAGAUAUCGCUGGCCUCGAUAUUCCAGCAGACAUGGAUGGCAAAUCUAUCCUGAAAUUACUGGAGCCUGAAAAGCCAGGAAAUAGAUUUCGUUCAAAUAAAAGGGCCAGAAUCUGGCGUGACACAUUCCUUAUUGAGAGAGGCAAACUGCUUCGUAAGAAGGAAGAUGGAACUGGUGAUGCCCAACAAACAAACUAUCUACCUAAAUAUGAAAGAGUAAAAGAGGUCUGCCAACAGGCGAAGUACCAAACAGCCUGCGAACAACCUGGACAGAAGUGGCAAUGCGUUGAAGAUGCUGCAGGAAGACUCCGGCUUCACAAGUGCAAAGGCACGACCAAAGUGCACACAGGCAGCAAGAAAAGUAAAAGUCUGCGUGGUCAGGCCUACGGCAGUAAUGACUGUGAUUGCUCAGGCAGCAGCUACAGGACACGUCCGUUGGAGAGGAGGAACCAAAGACAAUUCCUCAGCAUCCACUCAGCUCACAAAUUUAAGCACCGCUUCCUCCGCACUCGUCCGAUCCGCUCAGUUUCUGUCGAAUUGGAAGGCGAGGUGUAUGACAUUGAUCUGGAAAUUGAAGAACUUGAGUCUCUGAUGCCAAAAAAUAUUAGCAUGGGCCUUUCUCAAGAAGAGAAAACAGCUGGUGAAGGAGAGCAGAGCAGCAAAGUAAUCACUGAAGACAGUAGUAAGGCCCAUGAAUCAGUGACAGAUUCAGUUAAAGUCACACACAAGUGUUACAUUCUUGCCAAUGAAACAGUGCAUUGUGAGAAAGAGCUGUAUCAGUCAGCUAGAGCAUGGAAGGACCACAAGAGUUACAUAGAUAAAGAGAUUGAAACUCUUCAGGAUAAGAUAAAGAACCUGAGGGAAGUGCGAGGUCACCUGAAAAGAAAGAAGCCCGAGGAAUGUCACUGCGACCGGAAAAGUUAUUUUAGAGAUAAAGGAAUGAGAAACCAGGGGAAACUGAAGAACAAGAACAGUCAUCUCCACCCCUUCAGGGAAGUGGCUCAGGAGGUGGACAGUAAGCUCCAGUUGUUCAAGGAAAAUCGGAGGAAGAAGAAAGACCGUAAGAUAAAGAAGCGGCUGAGGAAGGGGGAUAGUUGUAGCCUUCCUGGCCUCACCUGCUUCACACACAAUAACGAGCACUGGCAGACGCCGCCAUACUGGAACUUAGGAUCUUUCUGUGCAUGUACAAGUUCCAACAAUAACACAUAUUGGUGUCUACGAACCAUCAACGAGACUCACAACAUCCUUUUCUGUGAAUUUGCCACUGGCUUUCUUGAGUAUUUUGACAUGAACAACGAUCCGUAUCAACUGACAAAUACAGUACACAUGGUUGACCGGGAAAUCCUUAAUCAGUUGCAUUUACAGUUAAUGGAACUAAGAAGUUGCCAAGGGCACAAACAAUGCACUCCCCGGACUAAGGGUGCGGAAACAGCAGGGGACAGCUAUGGGAUGGAUGGGAAGGUUAAUCCACUUAAACUGCCAAACUUCACAGAAAAUAUCAACUGGGGAGGACUUGAAACUUUGUACAGUGUGGAUGAAAGCUUGUUUGAACACAGGCAUAAUUAUAGCCUUAGCCUUGGUGACUGGACUAAUUACUGGAAGGAUGUAGAUAGAAUGUUUGCACUGCUUAAGACUUUCUCUGGACACAUUCAAACUUCUGAGGCCAUUGCGCUAAAUAAGGGCGGGACUCUUGAUUUAAGCAUUGACACCACAGCACUGGAAAUGGCACCAACUCCACUGCCUGUUUUGGGCAAUGUAUUCUCUACUGAGCCUGAGGAUGAAUCUAGUGGCAUGACUGUAUGGGAGGCAACAGAAGCACAACCUGCUGUACUUGCUGACUCUGAAGGGGCAACCACGAGCCCAGCCCUUAAAAGUGGCAAGGAUCCAAAUGAGGAUGCGAUAAAUUACAAUUAUAUACCCGAAAAGCGUUUCUCAGCUACUGAGUGGUGGCGACGUAAUUGGACGAAAGAGUUGAUAAAAGAAUGGGCGGAGCUGGAAUACGACGAAGGUGUCAGUGGUAACGGUCUGGUGGAGAUUGAGACCAGAAGCAGCCUCGUCCUUCAACAGAGUGCUCUGUUUCCAUCACGUAGCAUCCAGAAUGAAGUGGAGGAGAAAGAGGACAUCUUUGAAGGGCAAAUGUAUCUUCCUGCUGGGUCUGUUGGUCUCCUUCAUAGUAAAACUUUCACAGUUCCCCGAGAAAUCAGGGUCAGUAACAAAGAGAAAUUGGUAAACGUUCAGCUUCAGGAAGACCCCCAGAGCAGUGGAGAGGGAACACAAGAAAGUUUCAAUGCAGAAGGCAGUGCCUUGCCCCCUCCAUCCUUUCAUCAACUCUCAGCCCACUAAUUAUUUAUUGAGGAACAACUAUAAUCUUCCGUAUUAUAGCUUUAAAUUUAACAGCUUUCGCUGUGCGGUUGAAGCAAAGCACAUUCCAUUUCCAUUGGAGGUACAUUUCAUAACAGGCUGACAGUGGUCAAAAUAUCACACACAUUUUUACUUUAUUUACAUUGCCUGGGAACAAGAAACAGAUAUUCCUCUUAUAACUAAUGUUUUGUAGUCAGCUAUAUAAAUAUGUAUUUAAAUAUUCAGUGUCAGGUGUCUACAAUAGACACAUCCUAAAGGUGUGAAAAGUCCUUGAAGCCUCCUAUUGGCGGUUCAGUAUCUAGCUGCUUUAGCCUGGCCUUUAUGAGUGUUGAGAUCCAUGACCUGUCCAUUCCAAAAAUCUCUCAUCAUACAUUCUUCACCUGACAAGUAUUGAGUACAGCAGUGUUUCCUCUCAUAAAAUAAAUUGCACUUUCGAAGUUCUUCACAAAACAUUUGCAAAUGUGGAUGUAUUAACAGUGCAGAGCAUUGGUUCAGUGAGUUGUUCCAGCUGACGAUUUCAGCUGUAAUGUGUAAAGGAAAUCUUAUUCUGUGUCCUUCAUGCUGUAACAUGCUCUCACUUAUCAGUUGUUUCACUUCUAAAAUUAUUUAGCAUUGUCUUAUUUUUGUCUUAGUAUCUUUUUAUGCCUUGGCGCAUUUUAGAAUUCUUCUUUAAUGAAGGAACAAGAUAAAGCCAAUGUAUUGUAUUUUGUUUCAGUUUAUUACUUUUUCUUAUUAUUUCCCUCAUCAUCUUAAAGGGGUAUAAUCUUUGUGAAAAAAAUGUUCUAAUUUGUCUUUUUAGAGGGACGUAGGAGGAGCAUUGAGUGCAAGGGUCAUAAUGAUGCACUUUUAAUGAAAUUACUAUGUGACAGAUGCAUUACUAUAAAGUUUCCAAGCAAUUUUCAUAAAUAUGGUGCCUCUUUAAGAUUGAAAAGUAGGCAAAACUGCUUACAAUAUACUUGAUGUGUAACUGUUUUAAUAAAUCUGUUUAUAGUUUGGAAGGCUCGUUUAGCACGAUCCUUAGAUUCAUUUGCAUGGUUUAUAUAAUCUGUGUAGGUUUUUACAGUGGUCACAGAUGUUUUAAUUUUUUUUAUUAUAUGGCGGUAAAACCCAUACAUUACAAAGCCAAUGUAAUCAAUGUGCAUAGGUUGGAGAGAUCAGACUAGUGCAAUUCAUACUAUGUUCUUCAGAGGACAAAAUUUGUAGUGGUGUUUUAUUUUGUCUGUAAUAUACACUGGCCAUACUAUUUACUGACAAUUACCUGUUGCUUGUUUCUGGAUAAACAUGCAGUGAUUAAAACACAAUGCUUAAUCUUUCA